AUGAUUAGGGGAGACGAUUCCGGUUCUCGUCUCUCAACGCUCGGGGGCCCAGGGGGCCGUUGGCUGCGGCUGACGGUGCACCCGGGUUCUCGGCUGGACGGGCUUCAUGCCUGGGUCCCAAUGUGCGUCGGCCGCCGGCGUAGGCUGGGGCCGGAAACAUGGGGAUGGAGGACUGACGAACGAACGAACAGUGGACUGAGACUAGGACAGACUUACGGAUCUACCGACGUACUUACCUACGGAUGGACGGGAUGGCAUUGGAGGCUCGCCAAGGUUGCUAUUGCUCCUGAGGAUGACUCCGAUGACCUGGAAAGAAAAGAUGACAGGAAUCACCCCCCGUUAACACGGGUCCAUUUCCCUGCCACCGUUAUUGGACGACUAACAGAGAAUGAGGAGAAUAGGACAAUGGGGAUCAUCCCCGCUAUGCGGAUCCAUCACUCCAUCGUAUCCAUGAACAGAAGAAGACCAAUGUCCCGGGCGAACAACGACCCACAGAUGGAUUUUUACUCGAAGGAAAACCGCUGGGCCAGCCGUUAUCUGCACCGCAGGGGUAACGGCGGAAAAAGCAUCUGCGAAGCCCCAGGGUCCGGAGUCGAGAAGAGCUCCACACCUGCUUCCCAUCGGAUAGGCGGAGGAAACCCGGGUGAUGAGGAAGAAGAGACGACGAGGAGGACGUUAAACCAGUCCGACUCCUACAUAGAGGAUACUACGACGAGGAAUGAGUCUGACCAACUCGACUCAUUGAUAGAGGAAGACUUUGAGAGCCUAACUGACUAUAGCGAGGAAGAGGAAUCUGGUUCUUUCUUUAGAAAGCCGGGCCCAAAGUCAAAGACUAGGGUAAUAAGAAAGACCAGAAACUCCCAGAAAAGGAGAAUAAUAUCCUCUGAUAACGGAGAGGAAGAUCUAAGCGAACCCCCCGGUAAAUUCGCGUUAGUCGAACAGAAGCAACCUAUAAUGGCCAAGAAGAGGGGACGUCCCCCGAAGCAGUCAUAUCUAACUCAGAAAGGAGAUAAACUUUCGCAGGCAGAAAAAUAUAUCUCUACAAGAGAAGCGCUUAGGAAAGUUAACGAGGAAGAGUAUAGACGCUUACAACUUAAACGUGAGGAAAUAAUCAGACAGCUUACGUAUAAAGGCCUACUUAAAGGCAAGAGAAAGAAGCUAGACUCUGACAAAUAUCUUGAAGAAGUGGAGGAUCAACCUAGCCACGAAAUUACAGAGACGGCCAACCAGAGGCUACUGGAAGUUAUUCGUAUUGCCAAAACCUCUGGAAAUCUCAAGGGGACCUACGUGGAGACUUUGCAGUUGAUCGCCCAAACAAUGAUGAUCGACCUGCAGGUCCUGCACGAGAGGGCAGAGAGCUCCCGAGAUGAAACUACCUCGAGCGAGAUAGUGUUACUUAAGAAAGAGAUUGCAAGUAUAAAGAAAAGGAUGAAUAACGAACUAGAACUAGAAAAGUCUCGAACUAAGACAGCAGAGGAACGAGCGAGUCAACUUGAAAAAGAGGUCUAUCAACUUAAGAGAUGUUUAGAUAGGAAAAAACUGAAGGAUAGCCACGAUAUUGAUACCGGACGCAGAGAAGUCAAUUCAAAAGAGAACAUGACAGUCAAAGCUGGUUCGUCAAAGGAUAAUGACUUUAUCGAGGAAUCCAUCACGAGGAAGAAGUCGCUGAGAUCUAGCCGAACAGCGCAGAAGGAGACUGAAGAUCCUAACCCUAGCAAUUAUCGGGAAAUGGACAUUAGUGAGGAAGAAACCAUUGAAAAAGUGGUGCUUCCACCGGAAGAGGAAUGGCCACCACUCCAAAAUCUUCCUAGUAAUAGAGGCAAGCCAUCAAUUAUCAAAGAUGUAAUCUUAAGUGGGAGCCAAAAGCUUGAAAUAGUAAACGGAAAGAUACUCUCGGUUAAAGACAGAGAGGGAAAUCAGAAAAUGCCUAAACAAGCUAUGAAGAAGAAGAAGAAGGGACAGCAGCAGGAGAAACAGAAUGAGGACUCGAGUCAGAAUCUUAAGGACCUGAUUAGAGAAGUUAUUAGAGAGGAGAUAGGUGCUAAACAGGUCCCAAACAGCUCACAAAGUCGACGUGACCUCUCAGGAUCAGGGAGAAAGGUCGCUUUUCCUACGCAAAAGGAAGGAAAUAGAACUAGAUCCAAAUCCAGAUCUAGGACAUCACAAUCGCAAGACAAAGGUGCGUGGACUACAGUUCUAGGUAGGAGAGAAAAACAGGCUAGCAGGCAGAAGUCUACGGACAGGCAACAAGGCAAGGGAGCACGAUCAGGUCUAAACGUUAAGAACAAGGAAAUGAAAAGAAGGAAAUCUCCAAAGACGGCGGCAGUCCAGAUCUUUCUGCAAGGUGACGCAAAUGAUAAUAACAAUAAGAUCGCCUAUGCAGAGACGCUCAGGCAAGCUAAAGAAAAGAUAAACGUCGGUGAACUUGGUAUCACUGAACUGCGGUCGAGGAAGGCCAAAACUGGGCCUUUCUGA